GAAAUGAGAUUUUAAUUAUUUGUUAAAUCAAUUAACAACCUAACUGUUAAAUCUAAUGCUAUUAUAUAGAUAUAACCAAUUUAGUAAAGUAACUUCUUAUAUAAAAAAAAAAGAUAAAAAGAAAAUAUUUAUUGGCAAGUUUUUAACUAAUUAAUAAAGUUUCGUAUCAAUUUAUAACAUAAAUAAAAUUCAAUCAUAGUUAUAAAUUCUGUGCAAAAGUGUUAAAUGUGAUAAUAAAUCAUUUCCAGGCAAAUGUCACGAACAUCGCGUUACCCGUGACAGUGCCUUUGUUUGCUAUAAAUAGAAAAAGCAUAUUAUGAAAUUUUUAAAAAAACUUUUUAAUAUUUUUAAUAAAAAUUGAAAGGCGAAAAUGAUCCUAAUGUAGACUGAUUUAGAUCUUAUAUCUUUAAAUCCUUUUAUUUUGUGCUUAAAUGCCAAAUUUUAUUACAUAAUUUCAUAAUGGAAUUAAACAAUGUGGGAAAUAAUAAAAGUUCCAUACAUGUGGCAAUAUCAUUCAAAAAAUUAUGUAUAGCAACGGUAUCUUUACCUCUAGUUACACUUUUAGUGUGUUUUAUUACUGCAUAUAUCUUCCAACAAGAUGAUAUUCAUGAAACACACUGUAGAGUUUAUAAUGUACUUCCAUCAAUCUCAGCUAUUACUGGUAUAUCUCCUCAAAGAUAUUUAUGGCGCAUAAGUAUAGCAUUACAUAUAGGUCCUCGUCUAAUUAUUGCUAGUGUAUAUCAUUCAUAUUAUUAUAAAAUACUCAAGACAAUUGAAGAUAUACCAUCUAAAAUCAUGGGAUGUAGACUUUUAAAUCUAUGUUAUUGGUUAAGCAUUGCAGAAGUGGCAGCUUUAUGUGGUGUUACAUAUAUUUCUAACAGAGAAAAUUAUUCUGUGCAUGAAAAAAUUUUCAUUGCCUUUAUGAUUAGUUCUUUAACAUAUAUGUUAACAGCAGUGAGAUUAGGUCGUCUUAUAACACCAAAUGCACAAAGUCUUCAGUACAAACAAGCACUUUUUAUAACUAGUCUUGUUAGUACUGUUGGACUUAUUAUUUUCUUCCUAAAACACAGGUUAUUGUGUCAUGAUUUAGCAUUUAGCUGGUUUUCUUUAUGUGAAUAUGUGAUUGCUUCUGCAAAUAUGGGUUUUCACGUGACCGUAAUUCUAGAUUUUCCCAAGGAGCAAUUGAUUGUUGGAAAUGGUUUACCUGCCUUAAAGGUGGAUUAACUUGUAAUAUUUUGUACUCAUUAUUAUCUUUUUAUUGUCAUCAAAGUGCCUACUGCCACUGUCUGGAAGUGCUAUUGCCAAAAAUGAUAAAGAAAAUAAUAUUACAUAUUAUAUAUAACUGAGUAUCCACUGAUUGGUAAAUAUUUAUUAAUAUUAUUUGUAAAUAUUUAUAUAUUAUGAAUGAAAUCAAAAAUUUAAUAAAAUCAAAUAUUAAAAAAAUUGUCUCAUUAAAAAAAGAGAAUCGCAAAUAUAAAAUUCAUAUUAAAAUUGUCAUAAUUUUUUUUAAUUCAAGUUGAAUAAUUCUAUAUUUAUCGAAUCUCAAUUUAUAUUCAAAAAUAUUUUUAAAAAUAUUUAUUUGACACAUAUUUAUUUGAUUAAAUAUAUUAUUUAAAUAGAUUCUCUUUAUUAUAUUUAUAAAAAAUAUUUUAUAUAUUUAGUGGAUACACAGUUUAAAGCACAAUAUCUUUUUAUUAUAGCAUUAUUAUUAAGGAUUUUGAUGUAAUGAUACUCAUUUUAUUCAAUGUAUACUUUGCAUAAUGCAAAAAUUUAAGAUAUUUUUAUAGUAUUUCGUAGUCAUUAAUGAUUUAUUUAUUACAUUUAUUAUAAGUCAUCUUUCAAUAGUUUUUAUACAAGAAAGCACAAUUAAAGAUAAAAGAUAAAAAGAAAAAAAUUUUAAAAAAUCUAGCGCUUCCAAAGUAUGGCACUGGUAUCUUCCCAGGCAAUGAGAAAAAAAAUCUUUAAUGGCCUUUUAGGUAGUGAAAACUUGUAGUGAUACAAGACAAAUAUGUAUCCUACAUACAAACAAUAUUCAAUAUAAAAACUUAGAAUAAUGGAAUUUCAUAUUUAAUUUCUAUGUCUCAAUUUAAAUAAGGAAGGAAUUAGUAUUAGCAUAAAGUAAAGAAUUGUAACAUGUUAGUUAUAAAUUAAGAAUGACUAAUUUAUCUAUAAAUUAUAAAUUGCUUUUUUGAAAGUUCUUUACAAAGUGAGAAAUCUAGUCGGUAAUUAUUUCUAGUCGUUUUAUAAAUCUCUUUUUUUUAUCUGUUUUAAAAUAUCAUCAUUGUUACGUCGGACUAUUUGACGCAUUGUUAGCAUGUAGGAUGCAUUUACAUUAACGUGUCUUUCGUCUUUAAUGAGGAUACGUUCAUGGAAUAAAUGUACGUAAUAAUUUAAGAUAGAGUAGAAAUAUUAUUCAUUAUUGUACAGUUGUAAUAACAUCAAUAUAUUUUGUGUUUGGAUAAUACAUGGAAUCGCAUAUUAUAUAAAAAUGAAGAAAAGAAACUUUAUGCACCAAAAAAAAAAAAAAAAAGAAAUAAAUUAUUUGAUAGUUACAUAAUACAUGGAUUAUAGCAAUAUUACGUUAUGAAUAUGAUUAUUGUUUAUGUUUAUAUAUGUAGCAUACAAGUUUUUAAGUGCAAUACGAUUGGCAUUUCGAUUGGCAUUUCGAUAAUUACAAUGAAAAUAGACGAGGAUAUUCAAACAGAAAUCUAUAAUUAUCUUAUGACAUACAUAUAUUCUCGACCAAAGCAUGAAUGUGUUACGUCCAAAAAUCACGGAGCAAAUUGACGAAGAUAAUUCAAAUAACUAUUUAUAUUACAUUUUAUAAUCGAAUUCACGUUCUCUUUAAAGAUAUUCGCAUUAAUAUUUCUCACAAAACAUUAAAUAAGAGGAAAAAAGAAUAUUUGUGAUAAAGCACACUGCUAUAGUUACUGGAAUUAGUUUUAUAAAUCCUUGACAUUAUAUAUAACGCUAAAAGAACAGCAGGUGAACAAAAUCAUCACUAUGUUCUUAAAAAAUGUAUUUACAUGGCAUGUAUUUUCAUAUAAGAAAUUUUUAUUCUUUUACAUUGUUUUUAAUAUUUUUUUAAUAACAUACAAUCAUCUAUGUUUCUCUGUAUACAUUUAUAAUAAACUAUUAAGCAAAAUUCCUUUGUUGGAAUACAUAAAAUGAUCAUUAAAUUCAGUUUUCAAGUGUUCAGAAGCAUAUAAAAAACAUAAAUCGCGUACAAUCAAACAUAUCUUGAUGAUUCCAUUGUAAUACAAAAUCAAGCGUUUAUAUAGAAAUAAUUGCGAAUUAUUAUGAAUUAUUAUGAAUUAUAUGAAUUAAUUGAUCGACACUAAAUAUUAAAAUCCGUGCUAAGUGAUGUAUUAAAGAUACUAUGAUGUAUCCGUCAUUGGUAUUAUUUCAUCCAUGAUGAUCCAUAGAUUUAAGUCUAACAGAUUAUCUUUAAUGAAUCACUUAUUUCUGAUCGUAUCAACUAUUUUUAUGAUGAUAUUCGUUUAUAAUUUUAUUUGAUCUUAAUAUAUUUCAAAAUUAAACGAGUUUCUAUAACUAUCUGUUAUUCGAUGCACAUAGAUAAAAUAUACACUGCUAUAUAUGUAUUAAUAUAUUAGUACAUUGUCUUAAAUGACAAUCGCAAAAAUAGUUCAUAAUGUACAAGAGAUUUCAAAAAGAUGUGAUAAUUAUUUGAUUUUUUGUUUGGAAAUUGAAAUAAUAUAAUAAUUUUACAUGAAAGAAUUCUAUUUUCAAUAUUUAUGUUGAGGUUAGGAAAAUUUAAUUAUUUAUAGAAAUCGUAUAAAUUCGUAUUUAAUAAAAAUAAUAUCUGUAACGAAGUAUUUUUUUAAUUUAUAUAUGUUUAUCAAAUUGCUUAUAUAAUGUUUGAUACAAAAAUUGAAAGAUCUAUCUAUUGAUCCGAAUAUUAUUGUAAUAAUUUGUGACCAUUAUGAUUAUUAUAAAUCGACAAUUUUACUAUACAUUUUAGGCUCUACAUUUAAUCAUAGAAAUAUAAUCAAUAUAAAUAAAUCUUAAUUUUUGUAAUAUUUUAUUAUAUUAUUCUAUUAUAUCAUAUUAUAAAUUUUCAUAUUAACAUUAAUAGAUCAAUUUUAUAUUUUCAUAGUAUUAAAUUACACAAAAAAUAAUUGCAUAACUAUAUUAAAGUUAUAUUAUUAUUCGAGCAAUUAUUUAAAAUUUUAUAGCGAUAAUUAUAAAUAGAACGUGUAUUAUAAAUGUAAUGUUCGUUUACAUAAUAUUAUUUAUUCAAAAUUUUUUCCAAACAAUUAAUCAAAAUUUUCAUCUUGAAAUAUCUUGUAUAUUCACAAAUAUAUACGAAAGAUUAAUACAUACAUUUAAAUAAUAAAUUGUAUCCACUUGUUGUUCACCUCGGUAAAUGAUUUUAUAGAAAGCUUGUACAUAACUUAUUAUUAUUAAAACUUAUUAUAUAAAAUCGCGUUCGAUUUCCAACGAACGAUUAGUUCGUGGCUGAUCUAGAACGGUUUAUGUAAAGUAGUGUGUAGUUUGUAGUUCGACGUCAGAGCAUGAUGCGCUGAUGAGGUGCAAUAUUGAGUCAACCUUGACAUGUGUCAGAAUUUAUUUAAUUGAUGUCGGCCAUUUGGCACGAUAUCACUGUCAUAAAUUAGGCUAUACGUCACCUUGCGCCGUUCGAACAAUAGAUUUAUUAUGUAAAGUAGUUCAAAUUAGGUUCUGGAGCAGAGUGAUACCAUACCAUAUAUAUAUAUAUAUAUAUAUAUAUAUAUAUGUAUAUGUAUAUGGUAUGAUUAUAAUGAUUAUACAUAUAUAUAUUAAAAAACAUUCAUAUUAUUGCACUUUGCUCCUUGUGUACAUAAAGCAAAUGCUACACAUAUAUACAAUUCAAAAUACCGAAAAGACAAUGAAAAAAUCUUUUUAUUGCAAAUAAUAGUGAAAUUGACGAAAGUUAACAAUCGAUGAUAGGGAAUAUUUUAACCUAGAAGAUUAAAAAUUUUAGUUUUGGAUCAUAUUUUUAAAAUAUUUACGCAACAUAUUAUGACAUUAUGACAUAUAUUAUCACAUACAUUUGUAUGUGAAUUUGCAAUGAAUUAGAUUUGAAGAAAAUGAAGAGAAUAUGCAUUUUUAAUACACAUAUAAAAAGAUAUAAAAAUCUUAUUUUUUUGAAUUAAAAUUGAAUUAUUGGCAAUAUAAAAAGACAUUAUGUUAACAACAUUAUUUUGUGUUAUUUAAUCUAAUUUGAAAGAUACCCAAACUUCUUUAUAAGAAAAAAAUGAAUAUUUUAUUUACGCCACAAAAUAUUCAUAUUGUUUAUGCAAAUAUAGCAACUUUUAUAUUGAUGAUAAUAAAUUUAAAAAAAAUUCAAACUUUAAAGGAAAUAUUUAAAAAAAUAUCAAUAUAAUAAUUGUUAUAUAUUUUUUUUUCACGUGCCAAAAAUAUACCAAAAAAUAGUCAUCUAGAUUAGAAUAUUCCUUUAUAUUUGUAUUUAAAGCUUAAGAAAGAGGAUACGAAAAAUAUCUUCUCUCUCCGAGAUUUUAGACGUAUAUACAUAUAUAUUAUUCAUUUAAUUUCUCUAAUGCAUGCACGCACAUUAUAGUAAUUUCGAAAUGAGCUUUUAACUACUCGACCACACAAUUUAUAGCGGGUAUUAAGGAUCUCGUAUUUAAAAAGGUUGAAUUUGUCGUAAUAACGAUAAAGGAAGUUAGGAAACUUUUAUCACGAUAAAACGUUAACAUUUUCAGAAUGACUAAAGAGAGAACUAGAGAGAAACUACAAUGAAAUUAACUAAAAAUAUUUUCUCUAUACUUUAUUUUUAGAAUUGUAUUUGAGCCAUAUAUUUUUAAGAAUAACAAAAUUUAUUUGUGAAUCCGUAUUUUACUUGUACAGUUAUUUACAAAUAAGAUGUACGUGUAUUUUUUUCUCGUUGAAUUUUAUGAAAAAUGAUUUAAGAAAUUUGUAGAUUCGAUUGAAGAUUUGAAUUAGCAAUAAGUGUCGAAGUUAUCGAAGAUCAUAUCGAUUCUACAGAAUUCUUGAAACUUCGACUCCUAAGAAUCAAUGAAAUUAUUCUUGUAAUUCGCGACAUAUAUUGAAAUGUGUGUUUCAUCAAUUUUCUCUUUCUCGAAUCUGUAUGAAUCAUUUAAACGAUUGACAAUUCUGUGAUAAUCGGCACAAAUUGUAUGAUAACGCUUUUGUGUUUGUAUAGUACAUUUUCUCAAAGCAUACAUUAUAUGUCUUUUAUAGUACCUACUUAUAUAAAAGUAUUUAAAAAAUUAGCAAUAAUUUAUUUAUAUUUUUUUCUCCGAGAUUUCUCACGAAUUAUUUUUGCAUGAUAUUUCUUUUUGGAUUGUAAGUAUGUAACAUUACAGAAUUCAGAAUUCUUCUUCUUAUGGAUCUUGUGAAGUCGCCAUCUUACAAAAUUUUAUAACUAUCCAUUGCACCAAAAAAUUAAACUUCUCUUUAAAUUUCUCGAUUACAAUUUCUUCAUUUUGAUGAUAGAAUUAUUUAAAAAAAAUAUAUAUUUCGAAUAAUCUAAUUCACAUAUAUUCACGAUUGAAUUGCGUAAGAUUGGGUCAUACUCGAAAAUAUCAAUAGAAUCGGGUCAUAUAGAGUCCUUUUGUAUUUUGCCAUUCGGUAUUAUACCUUUUUUUCCAUUUAUAAAUAUCGUCCAAAAUCGUUAAUAAUCGCAAAAAAAAAAAAUGAAAAGAAAAAAAUAACAAAAACACUACUUUCGUGUAAACAAUAAGUUAACUUAUUAUAUUUUUAAUCAAAUAUGUUUCAUAUAUAACAAUAUAUAUAUAUAAUAUAAUAUAAUCAGUUCUCAAAAAAAGUUUAAAACUCUUCGAGCACUUAUAAUGUACAUGUCUCGUAUACGAAAGAAUUAAUAUAUAAAUCGAACGACAAUACGAAAGAUUCGUUACGAAGCAAGGUGUGCUCCUCUGCGAUCUUAUGGCGCUUCACGCUCGAUCUUCACUGGUGUAUACGCACGAUCAAUUAGAGCGAAAGUGAUCGAGCAUCGGCUAAAACUUCGGCAUGGCUGCCGAAGGUAAUUGAACUCGGUUGACCUUAAUAGAGAGAAGUGAGAAAACCGAACGAUACGUCUGACGAUGACAGAUACGAUACAUGUACGAUAAAUGAGGCAAAAGUAGAGGGGUUGAAUGAACGAGGCGAUGAAACCACGUCUUUUUAUUUCAGUUAUUAAGUUCACUUUCGAAAGGCUUGUCGGUAUGGUUUAAUGUAACGAGCAACAUCUGUAAUCGGCUUAAAUAAGAUACUACCCUGUGAUUGAAGUGUUUAGAGUGAAUAGUUAUGUAGUGUGUAACUGCGUGGAUUUGUUUGAAAGAAUAGACUUAUUCGGAGAUGGGUUUUCCAUUGUACAUGUAUAUGUAAUUAAAUAAUAAAAACGUAAUGUGCAUGUACCUUA